AGGCAUAUGAUCAGAGCCAUGCAGACGGUCAGCCCACAUGUCACCCAUCCCUAUAUCGAUGACCUGGCGGUCAAAGGUCCGAAGGAGAAAGAGGAAGACGAAGUGAUGCCCGGUGUGCGSCGUUUUGUCUGGAAGCAUGUCCAARACAUCGAUCAGGUUCUGGGGUUAUUGGAGGAACAUAACCUGACGGCGAGCGGCCCCAAGUCGAAACACUGUAUGAGGGAGGCCACGAUUCUGGAUUUUGUCUGUAAUGAGAGUGAGCGAAGGCCUGACGUAAAGAAGACAGACAAGAUUCUUGAGUGGCCGGUGCCCUUCCGCUCGAUAACGGAUGUGGGGAGCUUCCUUGGGACAUGCGGGUUUUGGAGGAGCUUCGUGAAGGACUUUGCCACGAAGACGGAACAUUUAAGGAAGUUUGUGCGUCAAGAUCAGGAAUGGGUCUGGGGCGAGGACYAGGAAGAGGCGGUUGGUAGGAUGAAGGGAGAAUUUAAGGAAGGGGGCUUGGUAUUGRGAGCGCCAAACUAUGAGGCCACGGAGCAAAGGCCAUUCGUCAUUGAGACGGACGCUGGGCCAACUGCCUUAGGAGGAGUCCUGAUUCAGGCAGACACUGAAGGGAAGGAGAGGCCGCUAAGGUUCGAAAGUCGCACUCUCAAUACAACUGAGAGGAACUACUCUCAGUUCAAGAAGGAGACACUGGCGGUACUUCAUUGCCUGAGGAUCUUCCGAAACUAUGUUUUCGGCAGGAGGCUCAUUUUGAGGGUGGACCCCACUGCACUUGCAUGCUCCCUUAAAAAUUACACUCCAUCUGACCCAACCGUCGCAAGAUGGUUGACCUACAUUUGGAUGUUUAAUUUCGAGCUGGAAAGGAUUCCAGGGAACAAGAACAGGGCGGAUGGGUUAAGCCGCAUCAACUGGGACGGAUCGGACGAGGAAUCGAUAGAAGACGCCCCAUCAGUUGAUGGGUUUUUGGACCAAGAGGAGGACGUCCGCCUGCAUAUAAACGAAUGGUCCCUGCGAGUACCCAGUUGCGUCAGCCACCCUAUAUGGUUAGCGCCAAAGGGGUACGAGCAGAAGGUAGAGUUGGUCCUUAAGCCUUUUCAGGAGGAGGAUCCGUGGGGGAGCAAGGAUGUUGGUUGGAUGAUGAAAUUGGCAUUGGUAGGAACGCACAGCCUGGUGGAGGAAAUGAGGACGAUAGAAGAAGGCCCCACUCAGGUAGAGGAGCAUGAGCAGCUAAUGGGAGGGAUGUACCUGCUCACCAAUACUCUCCUGCAAGGAGACUUUGACCGGAAGGGCGCGUUCAGUCAUGAGGAAAAUGAGAUUCUAGUUCCUGAAAGCCAGGCCGACGAAUUCGAGGAAGGAGAAAUCAAGGAGGCAUUUCGGGCGGAGGAGUACGAUGGGAUCUACCGGGAAUUGGGGUUGCUCCUAUCAUGUGAGAUGAGGGAUAGAGAUGCAAGUGCCAAGRCACAGAAGAUGAGGCACCUCUAUGUGGUAAGAGAUGGCCACUUGUCUAUAAAGCGGCAGGUCGGGAACCCCAAGAGGAUCAUAUAUGGGAGGAACCGACAAAUUGAUAUCAUAGCAGCCCUACACGAUGGUAUAGCGGGGGGGCACAGAGGAGUAGGUGCCACAUGUGCGAAGAUAAGCGAUCUCUAUCAUUGGGACGGGAUGCUGGCGAUGGUUAUCAAAUACUUCCGGUCCUGUAUACCUUGCCAAGAGAGGUUAGUGCAAAGGCCUGGAGAGCCCCUACACCCAAGGUUGGAAAGAGAAAUGGGUGCGGUCGUACACUUGGACCUGUUAUUCAUGCCAGCAGGGGAGAAUGGGUGUAACUACAUCUUCGAUGCACGGAAUAACCUUAUUGGGUUUGUGGACGGAAGAGCUAUCCGGACGAAGACCGGACCGGUUUUGGCGAACUGCAUCGAGGAGUAUUACCUGCGAUAUCCUUUUGUCAAAGAGUUCGUGAUGGAUCGAGGAUCAGAGUUUACCUGCAAUGAGGUCAGGACGUUGCUUGCAGGGUAUGGCAUAGUGGCCAACUAUACUACGGCCUCGCACCCUCAAGCGAACGCUCCUGUGGAGAGGGGACACAGUACCAUCACGAAUCUUCUGGCUAAGUGGACAGACGGCAAGCCUGGUCAGUGGCCAAAGUUCCUAAGGACAACUUUCUUCGUGGAAAAUGUUACUGUAAUGAGGACUACCAAAGGCGAGAGGGGCCAUUACGACCAGAGGGGGCCAGCGGAGGCCGCCCAGGCGGUGGAGCCAGUUCAGGUCGCGGGGCCAGCUCAGGCGGCGGAGCUACCCCCUACUCAUGGACUCGAGCGGGUGGAGUUUCGCCGGAUCGCGGGCAGUGAUCUACGGGGCCCGUCGCCGACAUUACCAGAGGAGGGAGAGGUUGUGCCAUUGAGGACGCCACUCGACAGGUUGGAGGCUCAUCUCGGUGCGUCCCAGUGGGGGGCAUCACAGCUGGGAGCGGACCAGAGCGGGCCGGCACGGUAUGAGUCAGUAGAGGAUGAGCCAGAGGAGGAGCUACCUGAGCCGGGGCCUGAGGCGGGGUCUCGCGAACCCAGGAAGCCGCAGACUGAGGGGGUUAUCACUGUUGGGGAUGAUACCCCUCCUCCUACCCCGAUUCCGGAACAGGCAUGACAGUAUUGGCCUGAAGGAAUUCCUGAGCUGGACAGCGAGGAAAUGUUGGGGCCUCCAUCGGAAACUACUACGCCACCUCCGACGCA